AUGAGAAAGCUGAGAAGAGUCCAGGAUAAUUUAAAGGUUUGGAAGCGUAAAGUUUUUGAUGAUCUAAAUGAGGUGAAAGCAGAGUUAGUUCAAGAUAUUGAGAAAUUGGAUGCGAAGGAAUUUAGGGAGGGUUUAUCUGGGGCUUUAAGGGAUAAGAGAUCAUUGCUUAGGAUGAAGCUGGAAGAGCUUGUUUUUAGGGAGCAUAUUUUUUGGGGACAAAGGGCUAAGUUGAAAUGGGCUAAAGAGGGUGAUACCAAUUUUAGAUUUUUUCAUAGGGUUGCGUUGGGAAAGAGGAUGAAGAAUUUUAUUAAAAAUUUGGAGGUAGGGCAGGGUGUGGUGGUGAGUAAGGAUGAGUUUAUUGUAAUGGAGAUUUUCAAUUUUUAUUCAAAUCUCUACUCUGAUGGGGGAGUGGAUUAUCCAAGGAUCGAAGGCAUUAAUUGGGCUUCUGUGGAGUCAACAAUAGCCAAUUGGCUUGAGAGACCCUUUGACAAAUGUAAGGUGAGACAUGCGGUGUUUGAGUGUGAGAAAGAUAAGGCUCCAGGUCCAGAUGAUUUUUCAAUGGCCGUAUUUCAUGAUUGUUGGGACAUUGUGAAAAAGGAUCUUAUGAGAGUGUUUGGUGAGUUCUUUGAAAGUGGGGAGGUCAACUUAUGCACCAAUGCGACCUUCAUUUGUCUAAUUCGUAAGAAUGGAAAGUCGGUCAAGAUUGGGGAUUUUAGACCCAUUGGCUUGGUUACAUCACUCUACAAAAUUCUAGCAAAGGUGCUUUUUGAGAGAAUUUGGGUGGUCCUUGAGGAAACCAUCUUUUCUGCACAAGGUGUGUUUGUGCAGGGACGACAAAUAUUAGAUGUAAUCUUAGUGGCAAAUGAGGUUAUUGAGGAGUAUAGAGGGUUACAUAAAGAGGGUGUUGUCUUUAAGGUUGACUUUGAGAAGGCGUAUGACCAUGGUAAGGGUGUUAUUGAGGGAUUUAUAGUAGGGAGGGAUAGGAUUGGCGUCACUCAUCUACAGUUUGCGGAUGAUACUACAUUUUUUUCAUCAAAUGAGGAAAGUAAGGUGGGUAGUUUGUUAAAGAUUUUGAGAAUUUUUGAAAUUGUGUCGGGCCUCACGGUCAAUCUUAACAAGAGUAGUGUUGUGGGUAUUAAUUUGGAAGAAAGCUAUGUGCAAAGGGUGGCGGAUAUGUUGGGAUGUUCCAUUGAAUUAUUUCCUCUCAAAUACUUGGGGCUUCGAUUGGGGGGAGAUCCUAGAGUGGUGUCCUUUUGGAAGCCUGUUCUUGUCAAAUUUGAGAAAAGAUUUAAGGGAUAA